AUGUCUGACUCUGAAGCUGCCUGCUACUUAAGGGAUAAAGCCGCCCGAUACCUUGUUGGCGACAGACUCAUCGAUCGUAUUAGGGACCAACAAGAGAAAGAAAAGAUACCAAAUGAACCAAAUGAUGGGGAUUCACUUGGCCCAAUUUUAGGCCCAAUUCCAGACCCAAUUUAUUUACGUCCAGAGCAUGGUCCUUUGAAUCUGCCAAAGGCACCUCUGUCUUUUCGGCCUCAUAAACCAGAGGACGAAGAAAGCUUAACGGCAAGCACUUUCAAACAGCCACACAUCGGCAUCAUCGGAGCUGGUGUCGCGGGCCUUUUCACAGCCAUGCUUAUUGACCAAGUUAAUGGAUUAUCGCCAACCGGAGACUUGCUCACUUACGAAAUCCUUGAGUCCAGUGCUAGAACUGGCGGAAGGGUAUACACGAAACACUUCGACACGGAAAUAUGGAACGAUUACUACGAUAUUGGUGCUAUGAGAUUUCCGGAUAUACCAAUCAUGGAUCGAACUUUCCGUCUUUUCAAAGCCUUAGGUUUCGAAAAAGGCGUUGAUUUGCUCGACUACUACCUCGAAGGUGAAAAUUGCCCUCAAAGAUUCAACGACAUUACCUACGUGGCGCCCAAGGAGGGUAGUGGGGAGCACGAUCCGUUUCAUUUUAGCAUCGCCAACAAGGGACUCGUGCCUAACAGCACAAUAAAUGACGGCGCAGGAGAAAUUCUGGCGGAUGCUUUCGACUACUAUAAGUAUGAGUUGAAGAAAGACUUUGAAAAAGGAUUCAAGAAGUUGAUGCGACGGGAUCACCUCACGACACGAGAGUAUCUGCGCCAGGUGAUUACUUGGAAACAACAAACAGGUUUGUCUCACCGUGUCUCUCGCAUCGCACAGCUACUCAUCCCUUGUUGCAGUGCCACCGCUCUCUACGACCAAGCAUUCACUGAAAGCGUCAUGGAUUCAUUCGACUUCGACUAUCCUAUCAAGUCAGACACCUCAAAGGAGUCUCCAGAGUCGGAUACCUCAGUGGAUCCCCCAGAGCCAAAAGUGCAAUGGUUCUGUAUCAAAGGCGGUACAUCAAAAGUCAUUGAACGAAUGGAGACAAGUCUUAAGACGAAGGUCUCUCAUAACCACCGCGUGACUUCCAUCCAGUACAACCAGGUCACAACCAAUGAGAAAAUCUCCGACCAGCCUAUGGAGAUCAAAGUGAUGAAUGAAUUCAAUGAGUCAGAGACUAAAUCCUUUUCUGCUGUCUUCAGCACAGCUACUCUGGCUUGCACCCAGCGCAUGGAUCUCCGCGAGGCCGGCUUAAGUCGCUCCCAACUUGACGCCAUGCGCAAUCUCCAUUACGAUGCCUCCACGAAAGUAGCCAUCGAAUUUGACAAUCCCUGGUGGAUCACAAAAUGCGGUAUCGUCAAAGGAGGAUCUGCAUCGACGGACCUCCCCAUUCGCACCUGCGUAUACCCGUCCUACAAUCUCGACGCAAAAGGGAAAGCUGUCCUUUUGUGCUCCUACACCUGGGCUCAAGAUGCUCAGCGUAUGGGCUCCUUGGUGAACAACGAAGCUCCAGAGGGCAAGCUCUCAGGAAAAGACAGCCAACUCAAGGAACUCCUGAUCCAUAAUUUGGCGUUAUUGCAUAAAGAAUCCGCCUCGUACGAAGAGAUGCGUAGCAUUAUUGCAGAGGCAUAUAUUCAGCACCACGGUUUCGAUUGGUACGCUGAUCCUCAUACUUCCGGAGCCUUUGCUCUCUUUGGACCUGGUCAAUUCGCGAAUUACUACCCUGACUUGAUUGACCCGGCUGCGAAUGGACACUUGUAUCUUGCUGGAGAAGCAUGUAGCACACAUCAUGCGUGGAUUGUUGGGGCACUAGAUAGUGCUUAUAGGGCACUGGUUCUGUAUCUUCGCACCCUGGGGACUUCUGUUGAUAUCAAGGAGAUUCUAUUGGCGUUGGAGGGCAAAUGGGGAGAGCUCCGACAGAUUUCCAGUGAUGCGUUGGACUGGCAAGCAUACCUUUCCAAGUGCGAUCUGACUAAGGGGGAUAGUUGA